AUUGCAAAGUGUAAGACAUGAAGAUUCAUCUGCGAUGCGUCACCAAAUUUAACCUAAUUUCCAUCUUCAUUUGCGUUUCAAUGUUUAUCAAAAAGUUUAUGUUAACAUUUAAAGUGGCAUUGAAAUACGUAGAUCAGUGUUUUUGUAAUCCUCAAAAGAGUUUUGUGACUUAGCGAGGUGACAUGGUUCUUUGUGCAUUGACCAAAAAGCACAAACAACCAUGCCCCCGCUAGGCAAGAUUAGUGUCUAAGAGUUUGUAGUGUCUAAGAUAUAGAUUAAUUUUUCCUUGUUUCAACAGGCGUGCCCUCUCAGCCAUCGAACCUUGUAGCGGUGGAAGCAGGUGAAACGUCAGUGACGCUAACGUGGAGACGUCCAGCUCAUGCUGGAGAUAAUAUAGUUUCUUAUGAGCUUUAUUGGAAUGACACAUAUGCAAAGGAGAACCAUAGGAAGUAAGUUAUCGAUCAUAAUAACCGUUUUCUUUUCUUAUUUCUUUACAAUAAUAGUGUAAACAUAUUAUGAAUGACAAUAAACUAAUGAUUAUAAUACUAUUCUAUGUUUUACUAUUCUAUGGAAUUAUUUGCAAUUUAGAAAGUUGAGUUUACGAAUACUUACGAGAAUACUACAAAAUUCCUCCAUAGUAAGUACCUAAUUUAAAAUAAAAGAACGGAAAAUAAUAAAUAGUAAAAUUCCUAAUAGACGGAUACCCAUAACGGAAACGUACACGCUCAAUGGAUUGUACCCCAACACUCUGUACUACAUCUGGUUGGCGGCACGAUCGCAACGAGGGGAGGGAGCGACGACCCCGCCGAUUGCCGUCCGCACCAAGCAGUACGUACCAGGAGCACCGCCGAUGAACGUGACUGCGACGGCUAUAUCGCCCACCGCGAUCCGGGUGUCGUGGCAGCCUCCGCCGGCGGAGCGCGCUAACGGCCGGAUCGCGUAUUACAAGCUGCUUUGCGUGGAGUCUGGACGUGGUGAUUCUGAGGCCACUGUUGUGAAACUGAAUCAGACCUCGUUUGUGCUGGAUGAGCUCCGUCGCUGGACUGAGUACAGAAUAUGGGUGCUAGCUGGCACCAGCGUGGGCGAUGGUCCCGCUUCAUACCCUGUCACCGUUCGCACGCAUGAAGACGUGCCUGGUGAACCCCAAGAUGUGAAGGUUAAUCCAAUCAACUCGACGUCCAUACAUGUGACGUGGAAACCACCACAAGAGAAAGAAAAGAAUGGAAUCAUCAGAGGUUACCAUGUUCAUGUUCAAGAAGUUAGAGAAGAGGGCAAAGGUCUACUUAACGACCCCAUGCGGUUCAACGUUAUGGAUGACACUACACUUGAGUUAAAUGUAUCCGGGUUACAACCUGACACAAGAUACAAUGUGCAAGUGGCUGCUCUGACGCGGAAGGGAGACGGUGACCGAAGUGCGCCAGUGUCUGUAAAAACACCUGGCGGUGUGCCAAACCGGCCUACCGUUACCUUAAAGGUUUUGGAACGUGAACCAAUAGUAUCAAUUGAAUUAGAAUGGGCGAGGCCAACUCAGACAUAUGGAGAUUUGCUAGGGUAUAGAUUAAGAUAUGGUAUCAAAGAUCAGCCAUUAGAUGAAGAAAAUUUCCCAAUUAAAGUCAAUUCACAUAGGAUAAAUGAUCUAGAAAGAGGUGUUCAGUAUGAAUUCCGUGUAGCUGGUAAAAAUCACAUUGGCAUUGGUCAAGAAACAAUUAAGUAUUGGCUUACUCCUGAGGGAGCACCUAAAGGACCUCCGACAAACGUGACAUAUCAUUUUCAAACACCCGAUAUUAUUAGUGUUACUUGGGAACCGCCAAUUAGGGCUGAUCGAAGUGGUCAAAUUAAGAAAUAUGACGUCCAGUUUUAUAAAAGAGGUGACCAAUCAUCUCUUAUAGAGCAAACUACAGAACAAACUAAAGUUGUUUUUACAGGCCUUGAAGAAGAUGCUCAUUAUGUGUUCAAAGUCAGAGCAUACACAGAUCAAGGACCUGGACCCUAUAGUAAAGACAUAACCGCUCACACUGAAAGGGAUAUUGGUAGAGCUCCUAUGUCCGUUAAGGCCGUUGCUACAUCUGAAUCUGGCGUCGAGGUAUGGUGGGAAACAUUCAGAACAAGGAAGAAGAUUAUUGGUUAUGUCAUAUUUUAUACUAUGACACCGGUUGAAGAUUUGGAUGAAUGGCAACAAAAAAGUGUCCAUGUAACACAUUCCGCUGACUUAGAAAACUUGGAGAAAUUUGCUGAAUAUGCUAUCGCAGUAGCUGCAAAAACUGCAGAUGGGCUCGGUAGACUUUCUGAAAAAGUUACAGUUAAAGUAAGACCAGAAGAAGUGCCUUUACACUUGAGGGCUCAAGAUGUAUCAACCCAUUCUAUGACGCUCUCGUGGGCACCUCCAUUACGCUUAAACCCCGUUAGCUAUAAGAUAUCAUAUAAUGCUAUCAAAGAAUUUGUCGAUUCUCUUGGUAUGACGCAAACACAGGAAAUUUCGAAAAAAGAAAUUGUUGUAAAGAACGACAGAACAUCUUAUUCGAUUAAUGAUUUAUCUCCGUUUACAACAUAUAAUGUUAAUGUCAGUGCCAUCCCAAAUGACGAUUCUUACAGACCCCCAACUAAAAUAACUGUAACAACACAAAUGGCAGCCCCAAAACCUAUGGUUAAACCUGAUUUCUACGGUGUAGUAGAAAAUGAGAUAUUGGUUAUCCUCCCUCAAGCUUCCGAAGAAUAUGGACCUAUUUCACAUUAUUAUUUAGUUGUAGUUCCAGAUGAUAAAGCACAUAAUCAUAUGAUGCCUGAUCAGUUCCUAACCGAUGAUUUAAUAAAAAACAACGCAAGAACCGAUGAUGAAAACGCUCCUUACAUUGCUGCCAAAUUCUUACAACGAAAUAUUUUGUAUACUUUUCAUUUAGGAAACGAUGAAACUUAUGAAGGAUUUCUAAAUAGAAAACUAAACCCGACUAAGAGAUAUCGUGUUUUCGUAAGAGCCGUUGUGGAUACACCUCAAAAACAUCUUUAUACGUCGAGUCCAUUUUCGGAAUACCUGUCUUUAGACAUGCGUGAAGCACCACCUGGUGAAGAACCAAGUCGUCCUGACCCUAACCUUACUUUAGACCCAGAAAUCACGAAAAAAAUACACGACACUAGCGAAGCCGGAAUGGUUUGGAUUAUUGGGCCUAUAAUUGCUGCGUUAAUGCUUUCAAUGUGCUUAGUGCUUGUUUUUAUUAUGAGAAGAAAAAGACAACCUUGUAAAACCCCUGACCAAGCUGCUGUGACGCGUCCUUUAAUGUCCGCUGACAUCGGAUUUGGUGCACCAUCCGAUCCCGUAGAAAUGAGACGAUUAAAUUUCCAAACGCCGGCUAUGAUUUCCCAUCCACCUAUUCCUAUAUCCGAGCUCGGUGAACAUAUCGAAAGGCUAAAAGCUAAUGAUAAUCUGAAAUUCUCUCAAGAAUACGAAAGUAUAGAACCUGGACAGCAGUUUACGUGGGACCAUUCAAAUAUGGAAGUUAAUAAACCUAAAAAUCGCUAUGCAAAUGUCAUUGCUUAUGACCAUAGUCGUGUUAUUCUUCAACCGAUCGACGGAAUACUCGGCAGUGAUUACAUAAAUGCUAACUAUUGCGAUGGGUACCGAAAACAUAAUGCUUAUGUUGCUACCCAAGGCCCUCUUCAAGAAACGUUCAUUGACUUUUGGCGAAUGUGCUGGGAGCUGCGAACGUCUACAAUUGUGAUGAUGACUAAAUUGGAAGAACGAACAAGAAUAAAAUGUGAUCAAUACUGGCCUAGCCGCGGUAGCGAAACGUACGGUAUGAUGACAGUAACCAUCGCAGAAGUACAGGAACUUGCCACGUACUGCAUUCGUACUUUCCAAGUAACCAGAAACGGUGCUGCUGAACGUCGGGAAAUCAAACAGUUGCAAUUCACCGCUUGGCCCGACCAUGGUGUUCCUGAUCAUCCAGCACCCUUCUUGCAAUUCCUAAGGAGAGUUCGUGCUCUCAAUCCUCCAGAUGCAGGUCCGUUGGUUGUACAUUGUUCUGCUGGAGUCGGCCGCACUGGAUGUUUCAUCGUCAUUGAUUCUAUGCUAGAGCGUGCUAGACAUGAACGCACUGUCGACAUAUAUGGGCACGUUACUUGUCUACGUGCCCAACGAAACUAUAUGGUUCAAACGGAAGACCAGUACAUAUUCAUCCAUGAUGCUCUUUUAGAAGCUGUAGUUUGUGGUGACACCGAAGUGCCAGCUCGGAACCUGCAAUCGCACAUCCAGAAACUAAUGCGUGUGGACCCUAUGGAGAAUAUUACCGGAAUGGAACUAGAAUUUAAAAAGCUCGCCAACAUGAAAGCUGACUCUAGCCGAUUUGUAUCUGCCAGCUUGCCUUGUAAUAAACACAAAAACAGAUUAGUGCAUAUCUUGCCAUUUGAAUCUACCCGCGUUUGUUUGACGCCGCGAGACGGGUCGGAUUACAUCAACGCUUCGUUUGUGGAUGGAUACAGAUACAGGGCGGCAUAUAUUGCAACACAGGGCCCAUUACCAGAUACUACUGAUGACUUCUGGAAAAUGCUUUGGGAACAUAACUCUACAAUAAUUGUUAUGUUGACGAAAUUAAAGGAAAUGGGAAGGGAGAAAUGCCACCAAUACUGGCCUUCGGAUCGUUCUGUGCGAUACCAAUGCUUCGUUGUAGACCCUAUUGCUGAAUAUAAUAUGCCACAGUAUAUCUUGAGGGAAUUCAAGGUCACCGAUGCUCGCGAUGGGGCAUCCAGAACGGUUCGUCAGUUCCAAUUCACAGACUGGCCAGAGCAAGGGGUACCGAAGAACAGUGAGGGUUUCAUCGACUUCCUAGGACAAGUGCACAAGACCAAGGAACAAUUCGGACAAGACGGCCCCAUAACGGUUCAUUGCAGCGCGGGUGUGGGUCGUACGGGCGUGUUCAUCACUCUGUCCACGGUGUUGGAGCGUAUGCAGUACGAGGGUGUCGUCGACGUGUUCCAAACGGUGCGCACUCUACGCACCCAGCGUCCCGCCAUGGUGCAGACAGAGGACCAGUACGAAUUCUGCUACCGCGCAGCGCUGGAGUACCUCGGCUCGUUCGACCACUACGCCAACUGACGCUGAGAUAGGCUCGUGUAACAUGAAAUAUGUACUUAACGUACCCACAAAAUCACAUAUUGUAAGCAGAUGUUAGUCGGCAGCACGGGUGUUAUUAUAUUCAAUAGUGGUCCAUAAAGAAUAGAUUUAUUUUUAACUUUUUAUAUAUUAGGCGAAGAAAUACUGAGUUAUAAGGUCUUAGUUAUCUUUAAAAAAAAUAAUGAAAUAAUCAUUUAUAAAUUUUAACUUGUGAAAGACUAAAAGCUUUGUAUAGAAGAAAAUACUUCUUAGAGACUGCAGAAAAUAAUAUAAUUAUAAAUAUUGUAAUUGUUUAAUGUUUAUUUAUUAUUUCUUGACAUGUGACUUUAUAAAGUGCAAUAAACAAUCUUUGCAGCUAAUGUUUACAUACAUGUAGUCUGGUAACUAAUUGAGUUGUGUUAGAAAUAGUGUCUCAUUCGGUUAAAAAUGUAAAAUUUUUGAUCCGUUAGUUUUAUAUUAGGUUUACCUAUUACCUUCCAACUUAAUAGGUUUACCUCAUAGCUCGAUGAUGCCAUAUUUAGGAAUAAUUGGGAACACUUGAUUUUAUCCCAUUUUUUAAAGGUAAUAAAUCGAUUAAAAAUAAUAACACCGUGCUUGCUAUCGAUCUGUCGAUCCAGUCAUCCAUCAAACUACCGCAUUGCUUGUAGCAUAGCAACGAUUUAUUAAAACGGUAAUUCGUCUCGAAUAAAUCCAGAUUUACAAUGAUUCAUCCGAAUUACGGUUUUUACAAUCUUGUUCUAUGCUUUAAUUGUAAUAUUAGCGUUCGUUGACUGAUGUAUUGCGCUGCACAUCUAUAUCUGUUUAUAAUAAUUACACAAAAAAGGCUAAAACAUGUACGAGUGCCUAGCAACGCUACUUAUGAUAACUAAUAUAUUUACGAGUGACCACUAAUAAAAAUCAUGAUUGUGAGUCGGAAGGGUAAUUAAUGUAAACAAUUAAUGAUUAUCCUAAUAUCUAACUAAUGAUAGAUGUUGAUGCUGUUCGUACUAUUUUUGUCUCUAAAUUGGAACAGAUAAAGUCCAUGUUAACAGUUGAAAGUAUACUUUAGAUGCAUUUAAAAUAUUGCAACAGAGUUUCGUAAUAUAAUAUUUAAAAAAAUGCUAUUUAAAUUUAUAAAAAAAAAGUAAUUUAGAGAGUGAAAACAGUGCGCUUAGAGACUUAAAUAUUAACGUGGUAUGUAUCCAAUUCUUAUCGUCACGAUAUAUACAUACAUAUAAUAAAAUGUAUAAAUAGUUAUUGCAGCUGUAAUUAGAAGUUUAUUUUUCAUAUCGGGUGUUAAAAAUAUGUUAAGUAGUGUACAUUGUGGUAACUUUCAUUAUUGCAAUAUUAUUAAAUAUACUCUUAGACGAAUCGGCUGUGUCGUGUGAAAUUAUGUGUCAGUCCUGUGCAUUGUAGGUGCGUAAAUAUUGUGUAAAUAGUUUUAUUUUUUUCACCAAAUAAUUUUUAAAGAGUCCUUUCCUACUAGGAUAUUUCCCAUCCGGUGUACCGGCUAUUAUUUUUCAUUUACAGGUGAUUUUUUGUUACUUAUAUUUCUAACAGCUGUCUACUAAUUUAGUAUCACUUGCUUGCUUAUAGGAUGAUCGUGAUUUAAUGACAUAUCUAUUUGUAGGUAGAAAAAAUAUUUAUGUCGAAGUGGAACGGUAAUGUUUGAAUUAGAAAGAAUUUGGUCAAGGAAUAUAAGGCAUACAUCCUAACUAAAUGACGAAUAAAUGGAUGCGAUUCUAAACAUGGAUUUGUGACAUCGCGGUGUAAUAUAAAUAACACCCAAUAAGUUUUCAUUAUGCUUUACGUUGGCAUCAACUAUACUAUUUUGUUAAUAAUAAGGCACCCUUGGAUAACACGAAACGUGACUAUCGCUACUCUAUCAUUAAGCUAUAUUUAAGUGUAGUAUGUUAUUUAAUCUUUUACAGUAAUCCCCUUGCCUAGUAAAAUGUAAGAUUUUUAGGUUUUUCACUCGUUUUAUACAAUAUACCUAAUACUUGUAUCGAUCUAACUACGUAUAAGUUAAAUUUGAGCUUGUAUGUAAAUUAGGUAAUUAAUACGAGGAAGAUAUUGCGGUAGACACGCAACCAUAUGUAAAAUGAACACGAUUCCUAUUUAAAAAAAAAAAGUUUACUAUAUACAUCUCGAUUCGGUCCCAUUUAGACCGUUCAUAACUGCCAAUCGUUUCUCUUAAUACUAAUUGAAAUAAAAUUAUUAUAUUAAAUAAACAAUACGAAACGUACGUAGAAUUUAAUGAGAGUAAUUGUUAAAUUGAGGUUAUAGUGAAAAUUUAAUACUCGUUGAUCAUAUUUAGCGAGAGUCUGUAUGGAACAUUUACGAAGUCAAAGGAACGAAUAGCUGGUUGUUUCGUGCAGCUGUAUCGUGUUGCUUAAACAGGCUUUAUUUUUACACCAUUCCUUAUUGUGUUUUUAUUUAUGAUUAUUCUUAGUAUUUUGUUGUAAUGAUAGCGUUAAUACGUAAUUUGCCGCUGAAAUAGUUAUCUAAUACUGUUUUAUUCCUGAACGCACAUCACCGAUCUCUCACAUUUAGGCUAAAGCAUUAUUUUAUUCAGCUUUCAUUAUAACAUAUAUUGUACAUUGAGUAUCCAUAUUUACGUUGAACACAUAUUUUUAUAGUGCAUUUAUUCCAUGAUAUAUACAAAGGUGCUGUAUAUUCCAAAAUAGUACAAAGGUUUUUGUUUGUCUCUUUUAAUCAAUCAUCAUAGAUAUUUUUGUGUGCGUUUGGUUUUGUAAACUAACCAGUCAUCCAAUUGUUGCGUUUUGUUGAACGUAAAAGACUGAAUUACUAAUUUGUCUGUGUUUUAAUCUACUUUAAUUCUUAAUAGGUUGUUAAAUCAAUUAGUUAUUAUCUGUGUCGUCAUUUGUAAUAUUUUUUUGCUAAGAAAAUUUGUGAUUAGUUGUGUCAGUAAGUGUUACUUAACAGUAACUGAAUUAUAAUUGUACAGCUAAUAAUUAUAAGUUGGUACCACUAUGAAAUAUUUUGUUGACAUUAUGCGAUUAAUAUCCUUUUUAUCAAUGGAAAACAAAACCAGACAUAUUUUAAAAUUAUUCCAUCUGAUUAAGGUUGUAUAUUGAAUGAGUACAAUUAGCAUUUAAUUUUCCAACAGUAACCCAGUGAAAAAACGCCAUUUCCGUUGUGCUUUUAGCUAUUUAUUGUUAGACACACUUGAGCUAAAUUCGUUAUAAUUAAGAAUGUUUGUAUACUUUAUUCACAAGAAAUGAUAAGAUUAAAAAAAAUCUACGGGAUCACAUGUCAUUGUAAUAAUAAAUUAAAACACCGAAACGUGUUUUGGAUCUGCAAUAUGAAUUAAUAUAAACACUUUUUUAUUUGGUUUAGGUACUUGUGAAUAAGGUUAAUGAAAAAAAAGAUACGGUCAUGUAAAUGCUCAUCGUGUGGUCAUAGCUUACGAAGAAUAGCUAAUUAAUUUUAGUGCAAUUAAAGAUGGCGAAUGACAUGUAAAUUGGCGGGAAAGUGUGAAUGUAUUCGUAGAAGUUUGUAGAUGAUUAUUUUGUAAAAUAUCCCGCGCUGCGUCUCGGGACACAGUGGAUUCGCAAAAUUAUACAUAUGUAUAUGAAGAAAUAAAUUUAUGUGAGACCAUAAUUACUUUAUGAUUGUUUUAUUUUUACCACACAGUUUCAUAAAAAAUGAAAUGUUCUAAAAAUCCACUAGCCUAAGGUAGCACAGGAUAGUACUCGAACCCACAACCUUUCGCAAUCCAGACGACUACUACGACCAUAGAGCUACCCGAGACCCAACAGAACAGACGAAUUUUUCAACUUUUAAGUUGUUUUUAUUGUUGCGUUUCUAAUAGAAGUGUAUAUCAAACAGCCGAAAACAAAUAUUUUAAAAUUUCAACUUUCAAUUAUGAUGUGUUUUUAUCUGGUCAAGAAUUGACAGAAAAAUCAUAAUCCUACAACCGAUACAUAUGCAAUCUAUAACUUUUGUUAUAAUUUGACCUUAUAAACUAUGUCAAAAAAUAAAUACCUUUGAAAUGUCAUUGACACGCCGUUAUUACGUUAACGUUAGCAGAAUUGAAGUCCGUCUAAUUCACGUUGA